UAAUAAUCAAAUAUUAUGUGAAAUUUAACCCAAAAUAGUUCAAUAUUUAUUUAAACCAAGAAGCAGCAGCGGUAUGAAAAAUUGGCCAUGAAAAUGCUCCUGUCUGUCCAAUUUCUUCCGCAGGAGUGAGUAUUUUGUGAUGUGAUGAAUCGUGAACGUGUCAUCCGCAAAACAUCGUCCAAAAUUUACUGGCAACUUUUCCUUCUGAAUUAUUUAUUAAGCAAAGAGUUAUCCAUUCGGCUGGAUUUUUGCUAAAUUCCAAACUGCGCAAGAAAGAAGAAGAAGGAAGAAGAUAAACUACUAUUUGUUCACGAAAUGACUCUGAAGUGGUUGCAGUACUGAAGGUUUUUUUUUGUGUACUUCUGAUGCGGGUGUGAAUGUGAAGAGAAUGCAGUCGAAAAUGGAAUGAAAAGCUUCCUUCUUCAAAAGACGAGACCACCAGGAUCGAUUUCUAUCCAGCCAGCCAACCAGCCCUCCUCCGAACUAAACCCGGGUAGGAGAGGAACGUUCCGACCUUGAAAACUUCUUGUGAGUGGUCUGAUGAUGAUGACGACAAGUUGCAUUCAACUUUAAGCAUUCCAGGACAACCAACCACUACAUAUUGCACAACGACCAAAACCACUUUAUUUUAUACCCUCCACUUCUUUACUUACGCUACUUGAAAGACUGGCAAACAAACUAGUUAACUGGGACUGUGAUCAUGUUACAAAGUGUCAAAAGAAGCUGGUGCAAAUUCAUGCAGUAUUUUAACACAGGCUUUUUCCGAGUAAAUCAAGUGUUUAGUACAGUUUUGUGAAAUCAAAAAGUCAGCAAUAAUCGGACCGGAAGUCGUGAUGGGGUCUGUAUCUCGCAGUAAAAGUUUUAACUCGUCGCAGUCCAUCCUGCUCACCCGGCCUGUCCGCUACCCGCCCCCACCCGCCUCCCUCUCGAGGAGUUGCUCCAGGGGAACCAAGUAUGGCUACCUUGGCCAGAAUAUCGGCCCCCCUUCGAGCGGGAGUCACUCAUCCCCCCUCGGCACGCUCGUCAAAGUGAAUCCCAACAAAACCACGGCCACAAUUUCAGGUCUUCAGUCCGGACUCAAAGGGGCGAUAAAGCUCAUCCAAGAUCAGAUCAAUAGGAACAAUGCCGACCUUGUGGGACAACAGUCGCAAGGACGAAUAUACGAUUUGGAAAAGAACGCCAAGAGUUUGACGCUUCAGCUGAAAACGCUCGAGUACCAGCUUUCUCGUCUGGACAGCUUGGAGGAGGAGUACACCCUUCAGCAGCGCCUUCGCGAAGGGGUUCGUUCCAUGGCCUAUGCAUACACGCUGUCCACCGGCCACCACCAGAAACUCGCCCUGGCCAACGUGAAGGCAGGGUUUCGAGAGUGCACAGAGUCACUGGGGGCACUGGAAGGUCAACUGCAACAAUUCCUGGGCGCCUUUCACCUCACGAUGAAGGGGAUCCAAGGGUUUGCCCGUCUCUGUCCGGGGGACGUGUACGAGAUCGUGGUGAAACAUGGGGUACAGAAGUGGAAAACGAGAACGAAGGUGAACAAGGACGGGGGACAGGAGUGGGACUACCCCGAGGCUAAAAUCAUCCCCAUCCUGGGUCAAGAUCUGUUCAUUAAGGCGGCGGAAGUUAAGACGCUUGGGAAGCAGGUCUUAUUGGGGAAUAAGUUUUGCGAAAUUUGCCACCUCUUUUCCGCUCAUCCACAACUCAUGACGGUGAACUUGAAUCCAUCCGGUUCCCUGAAACUGAACUUGAUGGUGGAAUGGGACCCCCUUGCCCAGUUUUAUCACCCUGGCGCCUCCUGCCCAACGAUAGGGGUCAGCGAGGCCGAAUCGCCACAAAGGAAAAGAAGAAUGCUGAUUUGCACUCCCAACAACUCCAGCUACACGUCAAGCAUGACGCGAACGUCACCCUCGUCAAUGUCCUCUUCUGGGGGAGACUCUAUCGUAUCGAGCAUUGGGCGCCACCACCACCAUCCUCGUCACUCGUCCUCCUCCUCUCCAUCGGUGGGGGAAGAGCUGCGAGAAAGUCUCAGCAAAUUGGCAGCUAUUCUGAAUGACGAGAUUCAAGGGCAAUAUUCAGAGUUGGAAUUGGUCGAAGUGAAUGUGACGGCGCUGAGAAGAUUGGCGUUUCAGGAGUGGCCAACAGACUCUCUCUCCCGAAGUCGGUACGGACCUCGAUCUUCCAGCUGUAACGGGGGUGCUACGAACAAAAAGGGAGCCAGGUCUUCCUUGUUCUUUUCGGGGACAAAGUCCGCGUCCACGUCCUCCCUCAACAUUGAGUCUGCCCUGGAAGCUUUCUCCUUUCUGGACAGCGAAAUCUCAUCCCCACAGAGCGAAGAGGUUCCUCCUCCUCGAUGGGUGGACAUGAUGUCAAGCUCCACGCCACAGUGCUCCCUUCGUCUCCUCCCCGUGGAAGAAGAAUCUAUAAAACUCAUCCCCACCAAGAAAUCUUCCAAUGGGACGACCACGACUACAACGAGUGACUCUGGAAUCUCCUCUCUUACCUCAACCUCGAGCAGAAGCCCGUCCCCUGGAGAUAUUUCGCCCUAUGUGACAGGGUCCGAACAGCUCGACAUCGUCCUCCACACGCACAUUCAACUCUGUCUCAAAUUCGUCAAUAACUUGGGAUCCUUCGGUCCCUUAAAAUGGAAGGAAAACAACGCUCUGACCAAACUCCACCAACAGGGCGUCGUUCUCAGCAAUAUUCUUAAUCUGAUCAGAACCGGUGGCGGCGUUGAGCAUCAUGGAAGUAGGAAUAAUAACCAACAUGAAGCAGAAACAGUGCACCACCCAUUUGAAUUGGAAAGAAUGCCAUUUAUCCAUGCCUUGUGGAAUAAAAUAACUUCCACGACUGCAUCCUCCAAUGUCACGACGGCGGAUCAAGUCGCUUACACGCUGGAGGGAGAGAUUCGCAAAUUUCACCCCAACCCGAACGACGCCCCACAUUUGGCCAAGUCAAUCGUAUUGCAAAUGUUGGACGAAACAGUGGUUGGAGGCGUGUCAGCCGAUGUCGAUAUGGGAGCCCUGUUCCAGCUCGAGAGACACCGCCCCCUCACACUCUUGCAAUUUAUAAGCUACCUCAAACCCUACGAGGCGUCGUUUCCCCGCUUGGUCAACGACAUUGCGGAAGAAGAAUUCCUCGCCCAGCAGCUCUCCUCCCCAACCACCCGACCGUCCCAAGUAGAGCACAUUUUGUCCUCGCUUCAAGGUCACGUCCCACCCACCCCCGUCUUCCUCCCCCUCAUCAUCCUAAUCUCACCAGAAAACGCCAACUCCAACUCACAAACGCGCUCCGCCGUGACAAACUAUGUUCUCGGAAUGGCGAAUAGUAGUCGAAGGAGAGAGAUCUUGGAGAAUUGUUUGGAGUUGUUAGAGUGGGAAGAGGCAGCUCAUCGCCUGGCGUCCCUCUCGGUGCUGGAGCUGAUUCGUGGGUGGGAAGAGGUCAUGGAGGAAGUCGCCUAUCUGGCACAGACUGACGCCGACUUAAGAGUGCGGGAUGCCGCCAAGAGGUUCCUUCUCAAGGGAAAGGAGGGGGGACGGAUGCACGAACAACUCACCCUCAGUUCCAACGGAUUCCAAGGGCUACUCGCCAACUAAUAAUGUUAUUAAACCCUGAACUAAUCAUCCAAGGACUAUAUACAGCCUAAAAAACAAUAAUCUAUGUAUCUUCAGCCAAAAAGAGAAUCGACAAAAAAGUAGAGCACCACGAUACCAGAAAAAAUAUGCCAGUUGGUUCUUCUUCAAGUAUUAUAAUACUAAUUGGAGAAUAAUUCCACUCCUAAACACACCUAAAAACAAUCAGUCAUUAUUAUUCCAGGAGACAAAAAACAAUGAUAAUAAUCCAAACCAGUAUAUGUAUGAAGAUGAUGAUGGAGAAUUAGCUCAAUAAUAAAAGUACCUUAUUCGAUAAAUGCA